AUGGAUCCAGUGUAUACGUGCGGUCGCCGUCAAAUCGGCCAAUUCAGCCAAGCCGAAAUUGAUUUCUACACGUCGGGCGAACGCAAUGGGCAAAGGGCUGAAUUUCAUGAAACGCAGAGGGGCGGGCAUGUCACAUUUCAUGGCCCGGGUCAACUGGUGAUGUACCCGAUUAUUGAUCUGCGGGCUGCCAAAUUGACAGUGCGGGACUACAUCUGUGGAGUAGAAGGGUCAAUUAUCGAGUUGUUGCAAACGAAAUACAACCUGCCGGCACAGAGAACCAAGGAAACAGGAGUCUGGCUGGACGAGACACACAAGGUCGCCUCGCUAGGCGUGCAUGUUCGUAGGUCCGUAACCUCGCAUGGCCUGGGGUUGAAUGUGAAUUUAGACAAGUACUGGUUUGACCGAAUCGUGGCAUGUAAUCUCCCCGAUGCUCAGUUGGUUUCGAUCAAUGACUACACCAAGGCCGAUUUGCCGACUGUGAGCCGUCAAUUAGCCGAGAUUCUCUCUCGAAAACUGGGAUUCGACCUAGAAGAGCAGCCAGCGUCAGAUGUUUAUAACUUGUAG